AAACGCCUACAAACUACGGACGAGGCUGAGGGACAAAACUCUUCGUUACAAAACAGCGUUCAGUUUUAGCUGCUACCUUGUAGCUCGUUAUGUCAUCGGUUAUUACCAGACAUGCUCUCCUUCGCUGUUUUAUGCGGACAAGGAGGCUCAUAAGCGAACAUCGGACACCUAAACCACUGUGUUCUGACAGAAGUUAUGCCACUGGAGAAAUCAAGUCACCUAAAAUAUACACCAAAACUGGAGAUAAAGGUUUCUCCAGCACAUUCACUGGAGAAAGGAGGCCAAAGGAAGAUCAUAUUUUCGAAGCUUUGGGAAAUACAGAUGAGUUGUCAUCAGCUAUAGGUUUGGCCCGAGAGUUUUGUCUUGACAAAGGUCACACAUUCACAGAUCAGCUGGAUAAGAUCCAGUGUAUUUUACAAGAUGUGGGCUCCAAUAUUGCUACUCCUCGAUCAUCUGCAAGAGAAAUCCAUAGAAAGAAAACAAAGUUCAGUCCUCAGCCAAUCACCGACCUGGAAACAUGGAUUGAUCAUUUUACAGAGGAACUCCCGCCGCUGACCAACUUCAUUUUACCUUCUGGGGGGAAGAGCAGCGCAGCUUUGCACUUAGCUCGGACAGUCUGUCGAAGAGCAGAGCGCAGUGUUGCUCCAAUAGUGCGUUCAGGGGAGGCAGAUCCAGAUGUUGCAAAAUUCCUCAACAGGUUGAGCGACUACCUGUUCACAGCUGCCAGAUACGCAGCCAUGAAGGAAGCCAAAGAGGAAAAGAUCUACAGGAGACCUGAAUGAACACACCUAUUAAUUACAAUCUGCACUUGUUUCUACAGUGAUAGAUGCAGAUACUACAGUUGUGUUUUUAGUUCAGUGCAUUGUUUCUUAAAUAUCACACACAAGACAAAAUAAACCAGCUAAGCAGUACAUGUACAUCAAAAGUUAGAAAUUUACACAAUAAGCUCAGCAAUUCCUCAAAUAAACAUAAAGUAUUUUUAAAAUAA